AUGCGUUCAACCACAGCCACGACUCUUCUUUUCAGCAGCUUUGCAGGCGCGCAAUUGGGCUCGGUCAUUUUUGCCGACAUGCCUGUAACGUGCCAGAAUGGUGCUCUUUGUGCUAGUUAUAGGAAAGAUUUGCUUGAAAACAGUGAACUCGCAACCGAAACGAUUGGAAUUGAAGAAGACGGCGUCUUGACCGUGACUGAUUUCCUCUAUAGAUGCCAAAUCCAUGAGGUAUCUGUUGACAACAAAUUCCUAGGUGAGACGUAUGGAACAGGUCCCCUCGACGCUUCGCAUUGCGGAAGCGAAGAAGAGUGUAUGAACAGCGGAGGGGCCCAUGGGUUCUUUUUCGUUCCAAAAGGACGCCACACGAUUGGUGCUAGAUGGGUCAAGGUCACAGAAGCAUGCAGUUUCUUUACAUUAGCACGGUCGCUUUACAAGAUACGCGCAAUGUGCUAGAUAGACCAACUUUGAGCUUAGCCAUGAUGGAAAGGCAUAUUUGAUGCAUAGUUAGUUGAUGCAAAGACUUUAUUAGGGAUACUCGA